UUCAACUGGGCAAAGAAUUUCAGACUCAUUUGAGUACCUGCUCCGUGAAACCCUCCGCAGAGGUACAGCUUGCCUUCCACGCAGCCUGCACAGCUCGGAAAGUUCAUUAGAAAGUGAACUCAAAGCAGGACACAACCCAUAACUUACAGAAAUCCAGCACGAUCCUUUCUGAGGGCUUGUAACAAAGGAAGGACAAGAAACAUGUCUUCAAAACACAAAGGUCAUUCAUCCAGAAUGCCCGAGGAAAGUUCACCAAAGCGGAGUCCUCAAAACAUCCCAUACAAGGACCUGCCCCACAUCGUCAACGCUGAUGGGCAGCACCUCUUCUGCAGGUACUGGAAGCCAGCAGCAGCUGCCAGGGCCCUCGUGUUUAUCGCUCAUGGCGCUGGGGAACACUGCGGCCGUUAUGAUGACUUGGCCCAGAGGCUGACAGAACUUAACUUGUUUGUAUUUGCCCAUGACCAUGUUGGCCAUGGGCAGAGCGAGGGGGAUCGGAUGGUUGUCUCCGAUUUCCACGUCUUCAUCAGGGACAGCUUACAGCACAUCGAUCUCAUGAAAAAGGAUCAUCCAGGGCUGCCCAUCUUCAUCCUGGGGCACUCCAUGGGGGGAGCCAUCUCCAUUCUGACAGCCAGCGAGAGACCCAGUGACUUUUCAGGCAUGCUGCUAAUCUCUCCUCUGGUGGUUGCUAGCCCAGAAGUUGCCACCCCCAUCAAGGUUUUUGCAGCAAAAGUACUCAACCUCGUGCUUCCAAACUUGUCACUGGGAUCAAUAGAUCCAAAUGCAAUUUCCCGGAACAAGAAGGAGAUGGAGUCCUACACGUCUGACCCCCUGGUCUACCACGGUGGCAUGAAGGUCUCCUUUGUCAUCCAGCUGAUGAAUGCCAUUACCAGAAUCGAGCGAGCUCUGCCCAAGCUGACUCUGCCCAUCCUGGUGCUGCAUGGCUCUUCUGACAAGCUCUGUGAUAUCAAAGGCUCCUAUUUACUGAUGGACACGGUUCAGAGCCAGGACAAAACGCUGAAGGUGUAUGAGGAAGCCUACCAUGCACUGCACAAAGAGCUGCCUGAGGUCACCGCCUCCGUCUUCACAGAAAUACUGACGUGGGUUGGCCAGAAGGUUUCAGCAGCUGGAGAAACCAGCCAGACCUAAGAGCAAUCCUUUCUGCAGCUCUUACUGGGGUUUUCUGGGAAUAGAAGCUUUCUGUAAUAGAAUUCUCUCUGGAAAAGUUCUAGUGUGGAGGGACUUGCGGGAUAUUUUGCCAUGCACAGUGUAAGUGCUGGGGGGAGAGGCACAGGGUGGGUGUUACUCACUGGCGUAGAUGACCCUUGCCAUAAUCUGAGGAAGCACUGACAGCUGUGGGAACGGCCCCCAAAGCCUUCCAAGUUGGGUAAUUUUACUGAGAUUCCCCCCACUCAUAGAGCUUCCUCCAUCACUUCCUCUUCUCUGCUUUUGCGGGGCUGGCGGGGGUGUAUUUAUACUGCAAUAAUUUUUUGGUAUGUUAAAGAAGCCAGUAUCUUCCACUUUGCAGUUUCGAUUCCCUGUCCCCACCACCUGGUCCUUUCCCAGCCCUGGCAGAGGAGUGGACAAGCGUAGACUCAAGCCCACGCAGCACAUUCGCAAGCCAGGCUAUUCCCAAUGCCAAACCCCAUUGCCUCUGCAAGAUAGACUAUUCUGUAAAUAGUUGUAGGGGCUGCUUUUUUCCC